GUGGUCACAUGACUCCUCCUGUCUGAGCUUGGAAAAGCCUGACUCGAACAGCUGACAGGGAGGAGAGGCAGAAAGCGCACGGGUCCAAGAUGAUGGCACUAAUAAACCGGCUUCUAGACUGGUUCAAGUCUCUGUUUUGGAAGGAGGAGAUGGAGCUCACGCUGGUUGGCCUCCAGUACUCCGGAAAAACGACAUUUGUCAACGUGAUCGCUUCGGGUCAUUUUAGUGAAGACAUGAUCCCUACAGUUGGAUUCAAUAUGAGGAAGGUUGCCAAAGGAAAUGUCACCAUCAAGAUCUGGGAUAUUGGAGGUCAGCCGCGCUUUCGAAGCAUGUGGGAGCGCUACUGUCGGGGGGUUAACGCCAUCGUAUACAUGGUCGACGCUGCAGAUCGAGACAAGGUGGAGGCGUCAAGAAAUGAGCUUCAUAAUUUAUUAGACAAACCCCAGUUGCAAGGGAUUCCCGUUUUGGUGCUGGGAAACAAAAGAGACCUGCCCACUGCUUUAGAUGAAAAGCAGCUUAUUGAGAAAAUGAAUCUGGCAGCUAUUCAGGACAGAGAGAUAUGCUGCUACUCCAUUUCUUGCAAAGAAAAGGACAACAUCGAUAUCACUCUUCAAUGGCUUAUUCAGCACUCAAAGACGCGGAGGAGCUGAAAAGGAAGUGGUGCAGCUGUUUGCCACAUCAGAUGUGUGUUUAACUCGCACACUACGCACUCUUCAGCUUUUUAGUUGACACCCACAAACUCUGAGAAAGACCAAAAUGUCAUUCUGAGAUGUCAUUGUAAAGUUGUACUAUUUUUUUUAACGAUAUGUACUUGUGGCUUGGGAUGGUUAGUUGGGCUAAAUACUAAUGCAUUCUUUUGACUGUUUUGUUCAAAUUAUGUAUGUUGUUUUAGUCUGUAAUUAUGCAGCUAAGCAGGUGUGUACAAACACCAAGCUUGUAUGAUUCUUUUUUGACGACAAUGUGCGUGUGAAUAUGUGAUUCUAUUUAAGGUCUGAAUGAUCAGAGAGGACGGCUGCAGGGUUAUUUUGGAAGUCGCCUCCGUGCUGUGAGGGGCAGAAUUUCAAGUGCCUUGUGCGACGACUCUCCUCUCUCAAGCAAAGCGCUAGGUGUGCCUGCCUGUUAUGGGAAAAUAUACCAAUCACUACUCUUGAUUCAAAUAAAGGCUUGCUUUUUAAUACAUGCACUUUACAUUUUUAAAUGUUAUCCAGGCAAAAUCUUGGCAUUGUGCUUAGCUUCUCUGUGGAGACUGUAUUGUCCUGGUACUCUCAACUUCCUCCCACAUCCCAAAAACUCUCAAACCAACUGUCCAUACACUACUUUAUUUUACUUUCUGUUUACCUUAUUUUACUUUGUUUUAUCUUGUAUUUACCUUAUUUUAACCUCUUAUCUUAAUUUGAUCUUUUAUUUACCUUCCGAAUGGUUGUUUUGAGUAUGUGUCCACCUGCCUUGACUCACAUAUGAACUUGAAGUGCCAUCCCAUUCCUAACCCGUAGGGUUCAGUAUGAUGCCGGUCCACCUUUUGCAGCUAUUACAGCUUCAUGUCUUCUGGGAAGGCUGUCCACAAGGUUGUGGAGUGUGUUUAUAGGAUUUUUCCACCAUUCUUCCAAAAGCGCAUUGGUGAGGUCACACACUGAUGUUGGUCGAGAAGGCCUGGCUCUCAGUCUCCGUUCUAAUUCAUCCCAAAGGUGUUCUAUGGGGUUCAGGUCAGGACUCUGUGCAGGCCAGUCAAGUUCAUCCACACCAGACUCUGUCAUCCAUGUCUUUAUGGACCUUGCUUUGUGCACUGGUGCACAGUCAUGUUGGAAGAGGAAGGGGCCCGCUCCAAACUGUUCCCACAAGUUUGGGAGCAUGGACUUGAGAUAUGUGUAAUAUGUAAUAUAUAGAUAUAAACAUACCAACACAUUAUUUGCAAAAAUUAGGUAUGCACAUGUUGAAAUAUUUGCACAGAAAGUAAGAAUGACAAUUUUUGAGUUCAUUACAGUCUCAAUACAAUUUCAAUUCAUUAAAAAAAAAUUUAAUAAUUGGAGCAAAAUAUUUAUUUUUUUAAUAUAAAAGAGAAGUGUGACAUACUUCUCUUGUUGCAUUAUUUGUAUAUAAAUAUUCAAUAUUUUGAUAUAAUUCGUGUUUAAUUUUUAGUAUCUACAUAUUUAUUUU